GAAUGAUAACAAUAAACAACCCCGAAACAAGGGACAUACGCCAGGACCUGUCGCUCCAAAUUCGACACAAACGUUGCGAAAAUAUGAGCCGAAACGACUGAAGACAGCAGGAGAGCCGUCUCUUCAAACGCAGUCGGACUCUCGUCGGUCCUGACACAAAGGAUUUUCGAGUUUUUAUGUCAAGGAGAGAGCAAGAGUUACGGUUUACUCCCCUUCCUUAGCCCCCUUUAGCUAGCUGUGUGGCUCAUUCCUUGUUUGCACACUUUUGUUUUCGCCUGUUAUGCAGUUGCCAGAGGACUGUAAUCGCACUUGUUCUCCUCCUCCGCCGCCUCUUCGCUCCCUCUCCCCGCUCUCUCUGGCCCUAUGUCUCGCUGGCUGUUCCCCUGGUCGGGCUCAAUCAAGAAGCGGGCCUGUCGGUACCUCCUGCAGCACUACCUCGGCCACUUCCUACAGGAGCGACUGAGUUUGGACCAGCUCGGCUUGGACCUGUACAAUGGCAGCGGUGUCAUCAAGGAAAUCAACCUCGACGUCUGGGCGGUCAAUGAGCUGUUGGAGUCUCUCGGGGCACCCCUGGAGAUUGUGGAUGGGUUUGUCAGCAGCAUUGCGGUGACCAUCCCCUGGCAAGCUCUGGUGACUGACCACUGCACCUUAGAAGUUUCUGGUCUUCAGAUAACAUGCCGACCCAAGUACCGGACCAGCGGGGGCUGGGACUCCCAAGGCUGGUCAUCAAGCAUGACCUCCAGCAUGCAGCUGGCCCAGGAGUGCCUGAAGGACCCCCCGGAGGCGUCCGAGGAGCCGCCUGCUCCACUGGAGGGGCUAGAGAUGUUUGCACAAACCAUUGAGACGGUCCUCCGUCGUAUCAAAGUAACCUUCCUGGACACGAUUGUCCGCAUCGAGCACCAGCCCCUGGACCUGGAAAAAGGUGUUGCCUUAGAGGUGCACAUCAAACGGCUGGAGUACUGUGACGAGGCGGUGCGGGACCCAGCCAGCCAGACUGCCGUGCCUGUUGACAUCCACCAGCCCCCUGCCUUCCUGCACAAGAUCCUCCAGCUGAGCUCCGUUCAGCUGUUCUACGACAGCACCGGGACAGCACAGGGUCCUGAGGAGAGGGACCCACCAGGUUCAGCUACAGCGAGUGAAGGAGAGGAAGAGGAAGAGGAGGAGGAGGGGGAAGAGGAGGAAGACGAAGAGGGGGAUGCAGAGGAGAAGCCCCCCUCCUGUCCUUCUCCUCAGCCGCUCCUUAUAGGAAGCUGCUCCGGUUUCAUCGAGACCACCGUCAAGAUCAAACAAAACGACAUGCUGCCAGGACCAAAUUUGGAGUUGGAUGGGAAGGUGGGUUGCAUCCACAUGCUGCUGUCUCCAGAUCAAAUAACCUAUCUGACAGACCUGCUGGCAGCUCUCUGCAUAGACACCGAGCCAGAGAGUAAGGGCGGGGGGGUGCAGAGCCGUCCACUAGACUCAGAUGACCUGCGUCUGAUCGAGGAGGACCUCAGCAAGCAGCUGGGCUCCAGCCCGAGGGACAGGGAGUGGGAUGCCGAGGCCAACCUGGACCCUUACCUCAGCACCCUGGAGAAUGGAGAAAUGUUUUACUCCAUGGGUCCUGCUGGCAUGACCAGCAGCGUGACGUCGGUGCGCUCUGGCAGCGAGCUGUCGGACAGCGACAUGGAGUCUUCGACACACAGCCUCACCAGCCUCACACAGCCUGCAGGCCUGUCUGCACAGGGCACAGUGCACUGUCCCAGGCGAUAUCCUGUACCAGGCACUCUGGCCAGCCUGCCCCAGGCUAGCAGCCGGACCAGAGGGCGCUCCCACAGCAGCCAGUCAGAGCCGCUGAAGCCUGACGCGUUACUGCGACUGACGCUGGGCGGGCUCACCCUAACCCUGCUGCAUGAGGACCCGCCCCCCGGGCCUGAUGGCGUCGUCUCAUUGGCUCAGGUGUCUCAGGUGUUCUUCCAGGAGCUGGCCUUCUUCAAGGACAGCAUGUUCAGCGAGAGGGACUUCCAGCAUCUGAGAGGCAGCUUCGCCAAGGCCUGCCCGCACUCCCACAUCAGACUGACAGGAGCGGCGGUGCAGGUUGCCUGUGAGAUGCGGAGCGGGAGUCGCCAUAGUCGGAGCGUGACCUCUGACCUCUCCUUCAGCAGGCUGGAACUGUUAGAGUGUCUCUGGGAGGACGGCAAGCCUCAGUACAGUGAGCUUCUUCAGUUCCAGAAAGCUGGGAUGUUCACGGUUGGAGCUGCGGCUAGACCCUGCGCUCAGUUGCACUAUGGCCUCACCGAGAAACACCUUCGCAAGGGUAAGCAGCGUGUGGUGCGUCGAGACAGCGUGGUGAGGGUUGAGCUGGCAGAGCUGAGUGCGGAGCUGGACCUAGACAUCCUCACACGCCUGGGGAGCCUGAGCAGGGCGUUCAGCCACUGUCCCACACAGGUCACCGGUCCUGGACACACACAGACGCAGAGCAGCGAGCUGUACUCCUCCUUCUCCCUCCUGUCCCCCCACGCGGUCAUCAGGCUCCGUUUCCCCAUACCAGACUUACGGCCCCCCCCUUGGCGACGGCCCCUGAACCAGAGGGCAGUGCGGGACGAGACCCUGGUGUUGGAGCUGACGGAGCUGGAACUGAAGCACCAAGAGGCCCCGGACCUCCAGGGCGAGAGGGUCACACCGGGACAGCCCUUAGCUCCCUGCCUCACUCAGCUGCUAGAGGCCUCCUUCACUGACCUGCACGGGUCAUAUGUGGGCUGGGAAGGAGGCUCUUUUCCUUGUAUCAGAGUCAAGAAGAACCGUGACUCCCUGCCCAGGAUAUCGGUGCGUGUGAGGGGAGGCGAGGCCCAGGGCCCAGGGGCCACUCUGGGUGGCCUGGCCCAGGACCUCGCGGCCACCUUCUACGAGAGCCACUGUGAGCUCCAUGAGAAAACCAGCUCGCCUUUCUCCUCCAACCGCACCAUGUUUGAGACUGAGGAGAUGGUGAUUCCAGCCGAUGCAGAGGAGAUGUGUCAGUUCCAGGCUCAGGGUGUGGCUCAGUGUCAGUGUGCCAUGGACAUCAGCCUGCCGCUGGCCUAUGUCCUCCUGCCUAGCAAACAGGCCUUCCAGAGCAUCUAUAACAGGAUCAGUAAUGAUCUACUGAUGUGGGAACCCCCUCCUCCUCCUCCCCCCUCGGCCCACAGCCCCCACGCUGGCCACCGUCACCUUGACAGUGAGUUCCAGCUCUGCAAGUCGGCCUUCAGGCUGGACUCUGAUUCUGAGGAGGACGAACCUCAGUUCUACUUGGCCAGUGAAUCAGCUGGAAGGAGACAGCUGGCGCCCCGCCCUAACCACACCCUCAGCCUCCUCUCCCUCACGGUCCUCAUCGGCAAGGGCCGCCUCCAAGCCAUGACGGACAGAAAGGAGGACCAGAAUCAUGGGGAGAUUGUACUCGACCUGGAAGGGGGGAAGAUAUUCAGUGUUGCACAGUACCAGAACGACCCCAACCUCAACUACCUGUGUCUGGAAAGCAGACGAGUGGAGCUUUACCACCGAGCGGUGGUGAAAGACUCUCCUCUCCCCGAGCGGCUGGAGAUGCCCAACUUCAGUCCCCCAAAGCACUUGGACCCCACCAUCUACCCCACAGAGCCCGGCGUGAGCAGCGUUAGCGGCAGAGAGAGUGAGCCUCAGAUGCUGUCAACAGCCAUCAAAAUCAACCUGGACCCCCAGAGGAACGUCAAGGAGUUUCUUGUUGCCCUCCGUCUCCAAGGCGCCACCAUGCGACAUUACAUGACACAGACCAAUCACAGUUGGCAUGAGCAGCUGGUUGACUUCCUGGAUGUCAUCGAUGACCCUAUCCUGGGAUACACACCACCUGCUGUCAUCACCAUCCUGCAUACACACCUCGCUUCCUGUGCUGUGGACUACAGGCCGCUGUACCUGCCGCUGCGGGUGUUGUUCACAGCAGAGUCCUUCUCCCUGUCCAGUAACAUUAUUGUCGACACUGCCACCUUCCACCUGAGAUUUAUCCUGGAUGACUCCGCUCUCUACCUCUCUGACAAGUGUGAGACUGACACCGUGGACCUGAGGAGAGACUAUGUGUGUGUUCUGGACAUUGACCUGCUGGAGUUGGCCAUCACCACAUGGAAGGGCAGUGAUACGGGCAAGCUGACUCAGCCUCUGUUUGAGCUCCGCUGCUCCAACAACGUGGUUCACCUCCACACGUGUGCUGACUCCUGCGCUGCCUUGGUCAACCUGCUGCAAUACCUGGUCUCCCAGGGGGACCUGCACCCCCCGCCUCGACACGCCUCGCCCACUGAGAUCGCCGGCCAGAAAUUACUGCUGUCAGAAAGUCCCGCCUCUGCGCCACCCUGCCCUCCAGCUGAGACCGCCGAAAUCAACCAGUGUGAUCUCACUGAUGCCUUGAUUGACACGGAGAAGAGCCAACGGGACGACAGUUUGGACCCAGGUUCACCCUCCGUGCCACGAGGCUCGCCCGUCUCUGUCUAUCUGUUCCCCGGUGAGGCUCCGAAGCAUGGCCACGCCGUCCUACAGGGGGACAACGCUGAUCUCGACAGACUGGUUACCAUGGCAACAGAGGCGCAGGCAGACAUGAUGUCAGAGGAAGGCUCCGAGGGCUCCACUGACAACGAUGACUUCUGCAUCCUAGAGGCUCCUGGCAUGGGCAUUCCUCCCAAGGAUGGAGAGCCUGUGGUGACGGUUCUGGCCAAAGGGCCCAUCCGGGUGAAGGAUGGCCACUUCUCCAGGCCACGCGGCAGCUCGGACUUGCUCCGGGCUCCCAGCCGCUUCCCAGUACCCCAGACCCGGGUGGUGUUGCGGGAGGUUUCCGUCGUCUGGCAUCUGUAUGGGGGCAAGGACUUUGGGGGCAAACCCCUGUCCAUACACGCCCAGCACGCAAAUAGGGGUCGUUCAGUCCCAGCCGGCGUGCGCGGCUCCCCAUCCCGCUCUGUGGCUUCCUCCCGACCCCAGAACUCCUGGCGCUGGGCUGGAGGCAGCGGUCGCCAGCACACACUUCUCAUGGAGAUUCAGCUCACUAAGGUGUCCUUCCAGCAUGAGACCUACCCUGUGGCGGUGGCCGGGCAGGAGGGAGAGGGGUUGGUAGGAGCUGUGGCCGGGGUGGGCCCGGCUGGGGAGCAGCCCCUCUCCAGGCAGGUUUUCAUCGUCCAGGAGCUGGAAGUCCGAGACCGACUGGCCUCCUCGCAAAUCAACAAGUUCCUCUACCUCUACACCAGUGAGAGCAUGCCCCGCCGUGCCCACUCCAACAUGUUGACAGUGAAAGCGCUUCAGGUGUGUCCAGAGUCUGGCCUUGGGGGUCCAGAGUGCUGUCUCCGUGUCAGUCUGCUGCCCCUACGACUCAACAUCGACCAGGACGCACUGUUCUUCUUGAAGGAUUUUUUCAGUAAUCUAGCUUCCUCUGUUAACCCUUACCUGACUGUGGACCCUGCAACUGAGGUGAAAGCAGACCCGUCCCAGAAGACGUCUGAGGAGGCAGAGUCAGCUGGCGGUCUGGGACCUGACCUCACAGCUUCUGUGGAAACUACCUAUAGCGAGCAGAGCUCCUCCUCUGCUGGCUCCACCUCCUCCUCUGACCAGCCAAUCUACUUCCGGGAGUUCCGAUUCACCUCUGAAGUGCCUAUCUGGCUGGACUACCACGGCAAACAUGUAGUCAUCGAACAGGGAACAUUUGCAGGGAUACUGAUUGGCCUGGCCCAGUUGAAUUGUUCAGAGCUGAAGCUGAAGAGGCUCUGCUGCAGACACGGCCUUCUCGGUGUGGACAAAGUGAUCCAGUAUGCCGUCACCGAAUGGCUCACAGACAUCAGGAAGAAUCAGCUGCUGGGCAUUUUGGGAGGUGUUGGCCCCAUGCACUCUGUUGUCCAGCUGUUCCACGGAGUCAGAGAUCUGUUCUGGCUGCCUAUAGAACAGUACAGGAAGGACGGCCGCAUUAUCCGAGGUCUCCAGAGGGGGGCAGCAUCCUUCGGCACUUCCACAGCCUCGGCUGCUCUGGAGCUCAGCAACAGGCUGGUGCAGGCCAUACAGGCCACAGCAGAGACGGUGUACGACAUCCUGUCCCCUACGCCUCCGCUCACACGCUACGCUAUCACCGAGGGCCGCGCCCCCUCCAGCCGGCCCCGCCGAGCACCCCAACCGGCAGACCUCAGAGAGGGCGUGGCCAAGGCCUACGACACCGUCCGAGAGGGAGUGAUCGACACGGCUCAGACCCUGUGCGACGUAGCGUCCCGCGGCCACGAGCAGAAGGGUCUCCCCGGUGCUGUGGGCGGCGUCCUGCGGCAGAUCCCACCCACUGUGGUCCGUCCCUUGAUAGUGGCCUCCGAAGCCACUUCCAACCUGCUGGGCGGCAUGCGCAACCAGAUCAAACCAGAUGCCCGGAAAGAGGACUUCUUAAAAUGGCACACGGAGGACAGCCAAGAAUGAUCACUUUGUGUGUGUGUGUGUGUGUGUGUGUGUGUGUUGUGUGUGUGUGUGUGUGUGUGUGAGGUAGAAUAUGCACGUGCGUAUGGAAAUGAUCUGGGAAAAACUCAAGUAAGGGAGUGAAUCAAGUGCUUGAAUGUGAAUGUGCAUGUAUGCGUAUUAAUGAGAGACAGAGAGUGUUCCAAUGCAAAAAAAGACUAACUACUACUGCAGUGACUGAUGCCCAGUAUUUUACAUGGCUCCAUUUUACAUGGACACACAGGCUCACAGUCUUCAGUUUUUUUCUGUUCUGACUCAAUCAGCUCUACUGUUUUCCCUUCCCAAAGUCGCACACCAGUGGCAGAUUCUGCUCUCUGUCCUUUUAGAAUGCAAACAUAUCACGCUCACCUCGCUCUCAGCCGACUUCACAGCUUUUAGCUUAAACCAGCCAAGGGCAAACACAGUUACCCCUCGCAAGGUUUCCUAUUUUGUUUAUGAGCAAAAUGCCGAUCGGUGGCACUUCCUCUACUUCAAACUGUGGCCCUCGAGUCAGGGCCAGUCUGUAUAAUUCUCCCAGCGCUACAUGUGAAUUGAAACGCCAUCAUGGGGAAGGAUUUCCAGCACAUGAACACAGACAUUGGUUUACUUUUUUUUCAGUGCGCAGUGUGAACUUUCAAGCCAAGUGACCCCAGCUUUGGUCCACUCGAAUCAGUUCUUGAUGUCCAGUCUCUCCUGGGAGAUCCUGACAGUGGCGACAGGGAGACUAUUUUAAUGAAGUGUCCUUUGCUAAGAUCCCUCCGGAGGUUUCAACAGGCAGAUGGUUUCCACCCCGACCUCACAACGACACGCUGUGUGAUUAGUUCAGCUUUGCCCCUCGGUGCACCCACAGCCCCCCGUGUUGCUAUUUGUGCCAUAAAGUUUGCGGAGUGUUAUUUUAUUAUUAGUUUGUGUUGCCUUCCUCAGUCCUAUAUCCUCCCCUCAAAUAUAAUGCAUACUGGCUCAUAGUCAUUGUCAUAUUUGACUGAUAAAUGUCCUGAUUAGAAACACAGGAUCAAAUGAAGCCUGUAGCACGUCAGAUUCUGGUGUAGCUCCACGAAGGCAGUAGGGAUGUUAACUGUCUCUGAACAGUGACUAUAAUCAACAGCAAAAUCUCUGAUCUCAGCUCGUGGCUCUCCAGCUUGGAGUCUCCUAUUUGGCAUUACUGCUCAGCAGCGCUUUAUAUUUUAUUUUUACUUCUUUCUCUGUCAAGAGUUAGAGAGGCGGCCUCACAACUGUAUUAGCUUGCUUUGUUUUCAAAACCGCUUUGCCCUCUUCUUUAGUUGCCUUCCUGCAUUUUUUAUUUGUUUUUUUUUUGUUUGUUUGUUUUUUGUUUUUUUAAAAAGUUUGUUAAAUGUUAGUAUUAAUUGUCAUACUCAUUUUCAAAAUAAUGGAGUUGUGAGGAUGUGAAUCUCUGGUGGCGGAAGAGGAGAAAUAGGGGUUUUGUGGUUAAAAAAAAAGUUUUACAUUUUUAUCUUUUUGUUAAAUGUGUAAGGGAUGUUUGUCCCUCUGUGUGUGUGUGUGUGUGUGUGUGUGUGUCAGAGUAUGUGUGUUAGAGUGAAUGUAAGUGUAUGUAUGUGUUUGUGUGCGCGCACGCGCAUGAUGCAUGUCUGUGAGGGUGACGGGUCGAUGACACUUGUUACACCUCUUGUGUGUAAUUACUAUUUACUAUAUCAUAAGCUGUAUGAAUGACCUGUAUAAUACAAAGACAAUGAGUAUACAACAUUAAUACAAAAUAAAAAAUUUGAAUAUAAAAACUUGA